CACUUCAAACCACCUUACAACCUCUAUAAAGGUCAAGAUGGCGUCCAUCGUUGCUCAGCAGCUCGCCGCCGGGCUCACCCAGAAGUCCCGCACCGUCCGCCCCCGCGGCGUUGCCUCCAAGGCCCGCGCCUCCGUGCGCGUCGGUGCGGUCGCCGCGGCCCGCCCCACCUGGCUUCCCGGCUCCCCCGCGCCCGCUCACCUCGACGGCACCCUCCCCUGCGACUACGGUUUCGAUCCCCUCAACCUCGGCGCGGACCCCGAGAACCUCAAGUGGUUCGUCCAGGCUGAGCUCAUGCACUGCCGCUGGGCGAUGCUCGGCCUCGCCGGCAUGGUCGGCCCCGAGCUCCUCACCAAGAUCGGCAUGGCCGACCUCCCCAACUGGAUCGAUGCCGGCAAGUGGGACGGCUACUGGCUCGGCGCCGGUCCCCUGUUCUUCGUGCAGAUGGCCAUGAUGAACUGGGCCGAGGUCCGCCGCUGGCAGGACAUGAAGGCCCCCGGCACCAUGAACGAGGAUCCCCUCACCGGUGCCAACAAGGGCGACACCAACACCGACGUCGGCUACCCCAAGGGCCUCUUCGACCCCAUGGGAUACGCCAAGGACCCCAAGAAGGCUGAGGAGCUCAAGCGCAAGGAGAUCGCUAACGGCCGCCUCGCCAUGGUUGCCAUCGUGGGUUGCUUCGCGCAGGCCAUCUCCACCGGCACCGGUCCCGUCGACAACCUCUUCACCCACCUCGCCGACCCCGGCCACAACAACAUCUUCGGUUAAAUUCAUAACUUGGGAGUGCUUUGUGUUGGGAGAAGAAAAAUGAAGAUGAAGAGGCAGAGUACGGAGGAUGUGAAUACCGUUUAGAGUGCUGUAGAGCUGGUUAAUAACUGAAACCGGAGGAAAACAAACGCU